AUGGGGCUCUAUAGAGUUUCUAUGGGGCUCUAUAGAGUUUCUAUGGGGCUCUAUGGAGUUUCUAUGGGGCUCUGUGGAGUUUCUAUGGGGCUCUGUGGGGUCUCUAUGGGGCUCCAUGGAGGCUCUAUGGGGGCUCUAUGGGUUCCUAUGUGUUUCUAUGGGGUCUCUAUGGGGGUCUAUGGAGAUCUAUGGAGGCUCUAUGGGUUCGUAUGGGUUUCUAUGAGGUCUCUAUGGGGGCUCUAUGGAGUUUCUAUGGGGCUCUGUGGGGUCUCUGUGGGGCUCUAUGGAGUCUCUAUGGGGGCUCUAUGGGUUCCUAUGGGUUUCUAUGGAGUCUCUAUGGGGGCUCUAUGGGUUCCUAUGGGUUUCUAUGGGGUCUCUAUGGGGCUCUAUGGAGUCUCUAUGGGGGCUCUAUCGGUUCCUAUGGGUUUCUAUGGGGUCUCUAUGGGGCUCUAUGGAGUCUCUAUGGGGGCUCUAUGGGUUCCUAUGGGUUUCUACGGGGUCUCCAUGGGUCUUUAUGGAGCCUCUAGGGGGGAUCUGUGGGUCUCUAUGGGUCUCUAUGGAGUCUCUAUGGUCUCUAUGGGGCUCCAUGGGGUCUCUGUGCAUCCCUAUGACGUCUCUAUGGGGCGUUAUGGGUCUAUCUGGCAGCUCUAUAGGGUCUCUAUGGGGUCUGUGGUUCUCUAUGGGGUCUUUAUGGGUGUCUAUGGGUUCCUAUGGGGCCUC